GUUUCCUCCUGUGUGUGGUGUAGUAGACAAAGAUGUGUAGAAGGAGAUUGGUGUAGCAAUGCUGCUCCUGUGUGUUUUGUGGUCUGUGGUUUGCAUUCGCCUGAUCACCUCCCUGCCUGUGCUCUCUCAGGGAGUUCAGUGCUACAAUGACACUUGUCAGUCUCAGCCGUCUGCUGUCAAUCACACCUUCCUGAGCUUCCAGGAGAUAUUCGGCAGCAAGUACCCGGCGCCCAGGAGGCUUUUAGAAGAACGAUACAAAGUGUUCCUGGAAAGCGUGGAAAGACAUAAAUAUCUAAACGGGUUUAGACAGAGUGCUGGAGAUGCAUUUUAUGGAAUUAACCCGUUUUCUGAUUUGUCAGCUGAGGAGUUUUCACAUAUUCACCUGAAGAGCUACCCUGCUAUGAAAGACGAUUAUAUUGUGCCUAAUAAAACUACUUCAAGGGAAAAUGCUUUGCCAUUGCGGUUUGACUGGAGAGACAAAAACCUUGUGACAUCAGUGAAAAAUCAGAUGGAUUGCGGUGCUUGCUGGGCUUUCAGCAUAGUUGACACUGUGGAGUCUGCCUAUGCUAUCAAAGGACAACCUCUGAUGGAGCUUAGUGUACAGCAGGUCAUUGACUGUUCGUACAUGGACAAUGGCUGCAAUGGUGGAUCCACGCUCAGUGCCUUGAAAUGGUUAUAUCAGUCGCAAAGCAAACUGGUGAGGUCCUCGGUCUACCCCUUUAAAUCUCGCACUGGAUCAUGCCAUUAUUUCCCUGCAACGGAAUUUGGGGUGUCUAUAAAAGGAUAUAAAGCUUAUGAGUUGAGUGGUUUGGAAGAUGAGAUGAUGAGAGUGCUGAUACACAAUGGUCCAUUAGCAGUUAUUGUUGAUGCACUUAGCUGGCAAGAUUAUCUUGGAGGCAUUAUUCAACAUCAUUGUUCCAGCGGCCAUUCAAACCAUGCUGUCCUUGUAGUUGGCUAUGAUACAUCAGGUGAUAUUCCUUACUGGAUUGUGAAAAACUCUUGGGGUACAUCUUGGGGUAUAAAGGGAUACGUGCAUAUAAAAAUGGGAGUUAAUAUAUGUGGAAUUGCAGAUUUUGUAGCCUAUCCAGAGAUGUGAUUUGGAUGAAGUAUAUAAGCGUUUAUGAAAUUUCAGAUGAUGUCUUCAUGAAGAUGCCUCAUCUAGAUG